AUGCCGGGUGUGAAUUCUGAAAUUACUUUCACAGAGGCGAAGUGCGUAGGCUUUGCCCACAUCGAGUGGCGAGUCCCAAGAUGCAUGACAUCGCUCCUAUCUGAAUCGUUCAUCCGAGCGGGCAACACGAAGGAAGCUUUGGAGUUCUUGCUCAACCGCGGUGCUCCCAUUGGAGAUUUCAGUCAAACGAAACAGGCAUAG